UUUAAAAGAUUUGACUUGUAUAGAGAAGUCGCAUUUAUUAAAAAUUGCUAUAAAAAAUAAUUCAAUCAAGUUUUUCAUGGCACAAUAGUUGGAAAACUCAACAAGAACAUAGCUUAAAGGAUAAACCUAAUCGCUUAAAACGUGCAACAAUUUUUUAGUGUGUUUAAAUUUAAAAAAGCUACUUGCUUAGCUUUAGCAGUAUUAAAAUAUGAGCGGCGUAGAUAAUAAUAAUUAUUUAAGUACAGAAAAUUUAAAUGAAGAUGGACUACAUCGUAGAAGAAAAGAUGACAUAGUUUUACCUCCAAUUGAUUCCAAUGUGAAUGACGAAGAUGUAAACAACACAGUAGAUACAAACGCACGGACACGUGGCGAGUUUAUACGUAGCAUUUUGAUUCUCGUGCUUACACAUGGAAUCAUCAUUGCUUACAUUUCUUACGUCACAUAUUACUACAUUUCCACCAGAGACACGUGCACUCAAGAUUGUACUUUAACAUUCUGCUCAUCUUAUGGCAUGCUUCUUUUUGUGUUUGGAACACUUUAUGUAUGUCUGUUCUACUUUAAAAUCCUUAAACCGUACAUGGGAAAAUUCAUUGUCAAUUCAAUAUUCAGUCCAAUCAGCAGAGGAAUUAAAAGUCUGUUCAAAACUUUGAUUUCAAAAAUCAUUUUGACAGUCGUUCUAUUACUGGGCUUUCUUGCAUACAUUCUGUAUGAAACUUAUGAAGAUUUCGCACGUCUUAGAGCUCUCGGAGGAAUUGCACUCUUUGUUUGCAUUGGAUUCGCUAUUUCAGCAAGCCCAAGAAAUAUAAAUUGGCGACCAGUCAUUUGUGGAGCUCUCUUUCAAUUUAUUCUUGGAGUGCUUUUCAUUCGCUGGCCUGUAGGAAGGAACAUUUUCCAAUGUUUUGGUGAGAAAGUGUCUGACUUCUUAGAUUUCGGAAAAGCAGGUGCUGCUUUUGUUUAUGGUGAUCACAUAGUGUUCGAACUAGGAGUGUUUGCAUUCGCAAUCCUCUCCAUCAUUUACUUCUUCUCGCUGUGGGUAUCAGUUCUUUAUUACCUUGGAGCAAUGCAAUGGUUCUUGUUCAAACUUGGAUGGAUUCUACAAUCAAUAAUGGGAACAACUGUAUGCGAAAGUGUGAAUGCAGCUGGAAACAUUUUCUUGGGUCAAAGUGAAAGUCCGUUGAUCAUCAGACCAUACAUCAAACAUUUGACACAUUCAGAAAUACACGCAAUCAUUACUUCUGGUUUUUCAACAGUAUCCGGUUCUGUUUUAGCUGCAUAUAUGUCAUUUGGUGCAGAACCAAGUCAUUUAAUUACUGCAUCAGUAAUGGCUGCACCAGCUUCUCUUUUCAUGGCUAAACUAGUUUGGCCAGAAACAGAAGAAAGUAAAACAUCUUCAGGUAACAUCCAAUUGGAAAAAUCAACUGACACUUCAGUGCUCGAUGCCGCAUCGAAUGGUGCAAGUCAAGCUAUUCCUCUGAUUUUAAACAUUAUUGCAAACUUAGUUGCAUUUGUUGCCGUCGUCGCUUUUGCUGAUGGAAUAUUACUAUGGAUUACUGGAUUGAUGGGCUUUGAAAACGUAGAUCUUCAAUUUAUUUUAGGAAAAGUCUUCAUGCCACUCAGUUGGCUCAUUGGAGUUGAUUGGAAAGACUGUGAAGCUGUAGGAAAUGUUAUAGGAACGAAAACUAUUAUAAACGAGUUUGUAGCUUUUAGAGUAUUAGGGGAUUAUAUUGAGAGGAAUGAGAUAUCGCCUAGAUCAGCAGCUAUAGCAACUUUUGCAAUUUGCAGUUUUGCUAAUCCCUCGUCAAUUGGUAUUAUGAUUGGUGGACUGUCAGCUUUAGCACCUGAGAGAAGACCCUCAAUCACAAAAGUAGCUUUAAGAGCUUUCGUCGCUGCAUGUUUCGUGACACUUUGUACUGCAAGCAUUGCGGGAUUAUUAAUGACUGAUGAAAUGAUUGAAGGAAAUUAAUUAAUUUUUAAAAACUUUGUACUGUAAACUUUAAGGAUGAUAAUUAAAAGCUUUUUUGUUUGUUAAAAGAGCUCUCUAAUCAUAAAAAUUAAAGAUUUUAAUUAA